AUGGAAAUAUGCGUGCGGUAUAGUACGUUUUUUGAGCAUCAUUCCCACCUUCUUCUAGGCGUUUUAGAAGGAUUCCUCAGCCUUGCCCAUCAUCAGAUGCUCAAGGUUAGGACCAGGUCGUGGUAUCUAUUCCACCGUCUUGUAAAGCACCUUCGCGCUUUUGUGGGAAAUGUUGCGCAAACAGUUGUCGAAGCUCUUAGUGAUCUCCUCACGAUCAACGCUGAGGUACCUGGUGACAACUCAGACGGUGACGACCUAUCUUCUGAGGAUAUUGGUGGAUCUCGAGACACGGUUUUUACUAGUCAACUUUACCUUUUCGAGGCCAUUGGAACCAUCUGUUCCACAGCUUCGUCGGUUGAGAAGCAGGUGUACUUUGCGCAGUCCAUCAUGAACCCCAUCUUCAUGGACAUGGAAAAGAAUCUACCAGCGGCUCAAGCGAACGAUGAGCGUGCCAUUCUGCAGAUUCACCAUGAUAUCAUGGCUCUUGGUACUCUUGCCAAGGGCUAUUCUGACUGGGUGCCAGGAUCAACUUCCCCCCAAACACCACCUCCUCCGGAGGUAUCAGAAACAUUUGGGCAAGUUUCGGAGGCAACUCUAGUUGCUCUCGAGUCUUUAAAAAAUUCCUUCACCAUUAGAACUGCCGCUCGAUUUGCAUUCUCCAGGUUAAUCGGUGUUAGAGGGUCGAGAAAUCUACCACAAUUACCUCGAUGGAUCGAUGGCCUGCUUACCCCUACCUCCUCAAAGGAUGAGAUGGCACUAUUCCUUCGGCUCUUGGAUCAAGUUAUCUUCGGCUUCAAGUCCGAAAUAUACUCCAUUCUCGAUACUCUGUGGACACCUUUCCUUCAGCGAGUAUUCUCUGGUAUUGCUGAGCCGAUAUCCGGUACGGACGACGAGAUUCAGCUAGCUGAAUUGAAACGCGAGUACCUCAACUUUUUGCUUAUGAUACUCAACAAUGACCUUGGCUCUGUUAUUAUCAGCAGCUCAAACCAAUCUAUCUUUGAGACCGUCAUAUCAACUAUUGAGCACUUUGCCAAGGAUGCGGAUGAUUUCCCAACAGCCAAAAUGGCGUUCCUUGUACUGGCUCGGAUGUCGAGCCUUUGGGGAGGCCCAGAUAUCGUGGCUCCGGUAAAUGGCACCAACACCACCCAACAAGAGACCGCCUUACCUGGGUUCGCUCAGUUCAUGAUAACCCGCUUUUCUCCGCUCUGUUGGGCCCUGCCAAUGAAUUCAUCAUUUAAUUCCAAGGAUGCUCAGGCAAAGCAAGUUCUUGGCGAAGCAGCAGCGAUGCAAAAGGUAAUCUACUCAAAAACUGGACCUGAGUAUCUCCAAUGGCUCCGAACUUCCGAGUUGCCAGGAAUGGGGAUGGGUGAAGACCUUAUCAAUGAAUAUGUAUCAUCUUUAGAACAGCUAGACGUAAAGGCUUUUCGACAGUUUUUCCAGGUAAGAUACCCUUCCUCCCAAAAUCUCCCGCAACUGAGACUAAACAAAAAGCAACAGGCAUUUAUACAACGGUUAAGCACAUGA